GAAAUCAUGUAUGACCUGAAUAGAACGCUAACGAUCAAAUUGUGCUUUAUUUUACUAUCAUCAGGUAGUAGUUUUAACUCAAUCUUUUUCAGGGUUCAAAUGAGAUGUCCCCGUCAGAGGAUUCAGUCUCGAAUGAAGAUUUGACCGAUUCUACCCUCGCAGAAAAUAAACAGGAAAUGGGGAAACUAAUUGCUGAACAAUUAGCUCAGAUAGAUCCUGUCCUUAAUAAAGAUGAAUUAGAGACAAUUGUUAAAUCUAGUCCAAUUUUAGUUGUCCAUCCUCAUGUCAGAAACAAUUCCACUUCUCACAUUCAAGAUAAGGCGAAACUGGCUCCAGGUGAUGGGCAACAAGCUAAAAUGGCACUUUUGAAAGAACGAUUAGCUAAACUAAUCGCUGAGAAGCCAACCGUGUUUUAGCAUCGAAAACUCGGAAAAUAUGGGAAGGAUAAUUGCAAAGGAACUCACUGAAAUAAAUCCCGUGGUGGUGAGAGAUGAAUUAAAACAAGUUAUCGGUUCUAGCCAGAUUUUGGUUGUGCACCCUGAAGUCACUGAAGAUGUCUGUUUACCAUCCACUAGAUGGAAGGGUUGGUACGAGCGAAAAUCUGGCCAAAAUAGACCUUUUGUUAGAGAAGUUGGCCAAAUUAGUGGCCGAUAGACCUGGUUUAGUCCCAUACAUUAGCGAGGAGUCCACCUGACACCGCUCCUGUUCCAAAGCUCCCCUCGGAACACCCUCUCGAAGAACCUACCGAAAGUAUGAAGGAGAUGGCAAGGAAGAUUGCGUUGCAACUCUCCGCGAUGAACCCUACAUUGGAAAAGGAUACAUUGGAGAAAGCAAUUGGUUCAAUGCCUGUAUUGGUUCUACACUCUAAUCAUAACCAUAGAGAUGAAAGUUUGGAAAAGGACGAUGAACUAGUCAGAGAACACCAGCAUAUUUCGGAGGAUUUAGAAGAUGCUGAUGAGCUCGACGAUGAGACAAAACAUAUUGAAAAAUAUCCCGAAUAUCCGGAUGAGUCUAUCCCAGAGCGACAGUUGCCGGAUCACAAACAUAUCUCAGAAGACCUUGAGAAUGGUGAUGAACUCGAUGCUGAAACUGUAAUACACGAACACAUUGAAGAUGAUUUGGAGAACCCUGAGGGACUCAUAGAGCAGGAACAGGAACAUGAAAUUAUCUCCGAAGACCCAGUGAUAGAACGUAAAAAUUUCCAUAAACAUAUCGAUGGUGAUAUGGAAGAUGUAUCAGAGCUCGUAUCAGAAGAGGAACAUGAACACAUAUCUGAAGAUCUUGAAAACGGCGAAGAAAUAAUCGCAGAGAAACUGAAUAACCACGUCCAUAAGGAGAUUGAUGUUGAUGAGAUCGGGCGUAAAGCUGGCAAGAAGCUGAAACGCCCAACUGUUGACGAUGUUAUUCUUGAGAAGAGCGGCGUUACUUUAUACGGCACGGAGUUAAUCUCAACCCCGACAACUAUUACUCUUCACUUUCAGGUCCUGAGAGAUAAUGGUCAAACUCCUCCUCAGGGAUAUCAGCUUUGUGUUGUCCGAUUGAAGAAUAACGUUACCCUCGCAAGUCCUACCAUGUCAUUCGAAAAAGAUCAGUAUGAAGUGUAUGAAAAGAAAACAAUGGAAAAAUAUGGAAUUCCAGUCAUCAUGGCAGAAUUUGAACGAUCGUAUCUACCUCAAAGGGUUGUAAUCGGAAAUGGCAACGUAUACGGAGGAUUUAGAAAUGGGCCCCUUGAUCCCGGCUCUUUCUAUCAAAUCUUCUUCAGGGAGCUGCACGGGAUAAAACAAACAGUAAAUAUUUUGAAGAUAACAGAGUAUGCACAGAAUAUAGAAAAUGUUGGUUCUCCAUCCGUCUAUUCGACACUGAAAGGAAAACAUCCCGUUAAAUGGGUUAAACCCGUUCUGGCUUCUUUAAUUUUGCUCGGUGGUUUCAUGGGUCUUGUUGCUUUCCAAAUUGUUCGAAAUCGUAAAAAGAAACGGAAGAAAAAGUCUAAGCGGAAAUCCAAAUUUGAAGAUGUGUUCGACUCAGAGAGCCAGUCAGUUCUAUUUAGCUCAUACAGUUCGGACAGUUUUAACCCUGAUACCGACAAGUUGUUCAUAAGACAUGCUUCAAACGCAUCUGAUUUGGAAAAUGGUAUAAUUAUGGAACCUAUUGAGCUGCUAAAAACAGAAUCAAUGCCUCAGUUAGAUAUUAAUAAUGCUUUCAAGGUAUCACGUCAACCGAGCAGCAUAAGUAUUGGAAAUAUAGACGACAUUGAUAACUAUGGACUUAAUGCUGACAUUAAUAAAUGGAAAAGACAGAUCAGAAGAGGCAGAGGAAAAGGAAUCCCGUUAUCUGAAGAUGGUAAUUUACAAGUUGAAGCUGCUGCUGUAGGUGAACAUAGUAUCAACGCUGACAUAAAAGAGUUAGAGGCAAUGGACGCAAUUCUUGGUUGUACGAGUGAAAACAAUGAGAGAAGUUUAGGAACUGGAAGAAGUAACAUGAGCCUAGAUACCUUUGAUAACAUUGACGGGUACGGAUUAAACUCAGACAUCAACAAGCAAAAGAUGAAAAUAACACAGGGAAGAGGAAGAAAGCACACUAUGCCCGAAGAAUACAAUCUAGUAACGAAGGACCCACAUACCAACAAUGAUCGAAGUGAUUGUUCAUUGAGUGCUAUAGUUUCGUCAAAUAGUUCAAAAUAUGAGCAAGACAUUAAGAUACCAAUCCAUCGAAGUGACGAAAGAGGCAAAGAGCUUCGAACAUCUGAAGACGAUCAUUUAGAAGCUGUAACCGCUCAAGUCAGCGAACACAGCAUUCAGACUGACAUGGAAGAGUUGGAACGAAUGGACGCAAUGCUCGAUUAUUUAAGUCAAAAAAGUGAGAAAAGUAUGACAGCACUGAAGUCAGAUGAUAGCAUUAUGGAUUCUAAACAAGUAUUAGGGUCUGUAAGUGUAUCGAGUUUUGGGAGUCUCCAAGAUACCAAUGAAAAAUAUAAUGCUGAUGAGUCUAAACGCUUAGAUAUGGGCACCCAAAAGAAAAGACAAAGCGAAAAGAGGAGAGAUAAAGAGCAUCGAACAUCUGAAGACGAUCAUUUAGAAGCUGAAACCGCCAAAGUCAGCGAACACAGUAUUCAGACUGACAUGGAUGAGUUGGAACAAAUGGACGCAAUGCUUGAUUAUUUGAGUGAAGAAAGUGGGAAAAGCAAAGGGACUCCGAACGCUUUAAGUUUUGGAAACAUCGACGAUAUCAAUAAGUACGGACUUAAUACUGAUACCGAAAAAGGGAAAAGACAAAUAAGAAAGGGAAGAGGCAAAGAGCUUCGAACAUCUGAAGAAGAUCAUUCAGAAGCUGAAACUGCCCAGAACAGCAAACACAGUAUUCAGGAUGACAUGGAGGAGUUGGAACGAAUGGACGCAAUGCUUGAUUAUUUGAGUGAAAAGAGUGAUAAAAAUAAAGGGACUCCGAACACGCCAGAAAUUAAGAUAUCACCACAUCCCAACGACAUCAAUAAGUAUACUAGUCUUGAUAUUGAUACCGACAAUGGAAAAAGACAAAUGAAAAAGGGAAUAACCAAAGAGAUCCCAAUUUCCGAAGACAGUCAUUCAGAAAUUGUAGCAGCAAAAAUCAGCGAACAUAGCAUCCACGCUGACAUAGAAGAGUUGGAAAAAAUGGGCGAAAUUCUUGACUGUAAGAGUGAGGGAAGUUUAGAAAUUGCUCUAAAUAACAUGGACCUAGAGAACAAAUUCCAAGAAAUCAGACUUAAUUCAGACAUCAACAAGCAAAAGAGAAAGAUGAGUAUGGGAAGAGGGAGAAAACAGCGCGAAUCUGGUGGAACUACUCAAGAAACAAAGUCUCCAAAGACCAGAAAUGAAAGAAGUUAUGGUUCCACGGAGGCCCAUGUAAAAGACAAAAAUGCUGUUGUCAAACCUCUAAAUAAAUCAGAGCUAUCAUCGUCACUAACCGAAAAGAGUGAAAAUGACAGCACCACUGAAAGAAAUAAAAGGGGACUUUCUGCCUAUGAUGCCACUGAAAAGUCAAAGAAGAUGAACUCUUUGCUCAUCGGCAAGGAAAUUAAAGUGGCAUCUCCAAAAAGGCAGGAAAUGAAAAGUGAUGUUGUGAAACAGAAAGUUUCAACUGAGGAAAACACUUCAGUAGCAGAGGCCCUAGACACAACUUAUGAUAUUAAUCGUUCAUUGGAGGCUACAGUUUUAUCAAAUAGUCCACAAUAUGAGCCAGACAUUAAGAUACCAAUCCAUCCAAGUGACGGGAGGGGCAAAGAGCUUCGCACAUCUGAAGACGAUCAUUUAGAAGCUGAAAUUGCCAAAGUAAGCGAACACAGUAUUCAGACUGACAUGGAAGAGUUGGAACAAAUGGAUGCAAUGUUCGAUUAUUUGAGUCAAAAGAGCGAGAAAAGUAUGACAGCACUGAAGUCAGAUGAUAGCAUUGUGGGUUCUAAAGAACUAUUAGGGUCUGUAAGUGUAUUGAGUUUUGAUAUUCCAGAAUAUCGCUGCUCCAAAUUUGACAACCAAGUUAGAGAGGUAAAAAGCAAAGAGCUUCGAACAUCUGAAGACAAUCAUUUAGAAGCGGAAACCGCCAAAGUAAGCGAACACAGUAUUCAGACUGACAUGGAAGAGUUGGAACAAAUGGAUGCAAUGCUCGAUUAUUUGAGUCAAAAGAGCGAGAAAAGUAUGACAGCACUGAAGUCAAAUGAUAGCAUUGUGGGUUCUAAAGAACUAUUAGGGUCUGUAAGUGUAUUGAGUUUUGAUAUUCCAGAAAAUCGCUGCUCCAAAUUUGACAACCAAGUUAGAAAGGGAAGAGGCAAAGAGCUUCGAAUAUCUGAAGACAAUCAUUUAGAAGCUGAAACCGCCAAAGUCAGCGAACACGCAAUGCUCGAUUAUUUGAGUGAAAAGAGCGAAAAAAGUAUGACAGCACUGAAGUCAGAUGAUAGCAUUGUAGAUCCUAAACAAGUAUUGGGGUCUGUGAGUGUAUUGAGUUUUGAUAUUCCAGAAAAUCGCUGCUCCAAAUUUGACAAACCAGUUAGAAAGGGAAAAAGCAAAGAGCUUCGAACAUCUGAAGACGAUCAUUUAGAAGCUGAAACCGCCAAAGUAAGCGAACACAGUAUUCAGACCGACAUGGAAGAGUUGGAACGAAUGGAUGCAAUGCUUGAUUAUUUGAGUCAAAAGAGCGAGAAAAGUAUGACGGCACUGAAGUCAGAUGAUAGUAUUGUGGGUUCUAAAGAAGUAUUGGGGUCUAUAAGUGUAUUGAGUUUUGGGAGUCUCCAAGAUAGCAAUGUAAAAUAUUCUGCUGAUGAGCCUAAACGCUCAGAUAAGGGCACCAUAAGGAAAAGACGAAGCGAAAAAGGGAGAGACAAAAAAUGUCCGAUAUCUGGAAUUGUUGGUAUAGAAGCUGUUCCGUCGGAAGUCAGUGAACACAUUAUUCAAACUGACAUACUGGAAGAGUUGGAAUCAAUGGGCACAAUGCUUGACUGUUUGAGAGAAAAGAGCGAGAAAAUUUUAGGAACUGAUCGAAGUCAAAAGAGCAUAGAGAACAUCGGUGAGGUUGAUCAUUGCGGACCGAAUCCAGUCAUCAGCAAUAGAAAGAGGAAAACGAGGAAGAGAAGAGGGAGAAAUCAUCUUGCAACUGAAGAAUAUGCUCAAGAAGUAGUAGCUCCAAAAUCUAGGAAUGAUACAAGUGAACGAUCGUCGGAGGCUUCAAGUUCACCUCGUAGUUCUCAGUAUGGGGGCUUCAGAUUAAACAAGCCAGACUUUAGAACAUCUGCCAAUUCUGCCAAAAAUGAAUACAGCUGCUCUGGUGUAAUCAGUGAGACGAAUUUGAUAGGCCUUGCGACAAUGUCAUCAACAAAGACAAGCGAACCCUCUGAGAUCUCACCACAGCAAGACCAUGAUGAAUCAUUUGAAGAGCAAAGAUAUCAAUCGUCAAUUUUGAGUUCUAAUUCAGAGCUGCUAUUGUUAUCGGGGUCUGUGUCAUUACUUUCAAUGUCUGCCACAGUGGACAAUGAUUUGAAAGAGGAUUUUCCAACUGAUUCUCGUCGAGGUGAUCAGAUACUCAUGACUGGCGAUGAAAUAGCUGACGAAAAACAAGGAGGUUUAGUUCAACUAAGUUUGACAGAUACAGCAAAAGAAACUAAUAAAUUUAUUUCUUGGCUAAAACCCGUGUCUUCAGAGACUGGAGUCAUGAGUGUGCCUGAAGUUGUGGUUAUAAAUGAUUCAGAUGAAAAGGUUAUAAAAACACCACAACUCACGUCAAUGCAUUCAGACCACAACAGAGUGGAGACUGUGGACUCAGUUUCAUAUGCUAAUAAUUCAACAGAAGCCCAACCCAAGCUUGAAGAAGAUGCAAAGGUAAUAGAAGUUUCUCCUAGUAUGCUAGGCUUUGAUAAUUUUGAAGCUGACCAGAUAGUAAAGAAUGUUCAAGGCGAAACUGAGAUGAGAUUUGACAAAGACGAGAGCGAUCGUGGCUUAGAAAUAGAUAUAAGUGCUCUGAGUUUUAGUGAUGAAAUGAGUGAUCGUGCUUCCGAGGAUAAAAGGGUUUUUAAGACUCUUGUGGAUUCUCAAUCUUCGAAUAAAUCUACAGGACUUGUCAAGUCACAAACCGACUUUACUGAUCCAGCUGAACCUGAUAAUGGUGACAUAGGUUCCAACGUCUCAGAUAGAACUUUAUCGUCCAGUGAUUGGUGUAGUUAUUCGUCGAGUCAAGAGUCAGUGGAAACCCCUGGCCGAAACAAACGCUCGUCUUUUGAAACAGACUUGCUUGAUGCUAAAAAGGCUCUCUCGAAAGCUAGAAAACGAAAGAUGAAUAAAAAAGCUCACGCAAAUCAUAAAAUUCCUGGACGUAGAUGCAGAUAUCCUCCAUCAAUAAGCGAACCUUGUAAAGUUCAAUCAUCUAAAACACCUCGAGCGCUUGAAACGACACAAAAAUCAGCCGAAGAGACCGAGCAGACGUGGAAUAAAAACACAGAUAAUAAGUUAUUCGAAGCAAAAUAUGAAAGACAUGAAGCUGGAAUAGAAGUUGAUGUGAGUAACAUAAGUUUUACCACGAAAACUGAUGAAAGCGUGUAUGCAGAAUCGUCAGCAAUCGAUGGCACAAACACAAGUAUAACGGGAAGUGCUUCAAGUGCAACGUAUUUGAUGGCACACAUUCAAAACAGUGGUUUGGAAUUUGCUACAAUAUCUAUCACAGAGGACAACGAUUCAAGAGGGGAGCUUCCGACUAAUUUUCCUGAGGAUGAUAUAACGCUGGUAGCCGAUAGUGGCAGUAGUAUCCGCAACGACUCGGUCGAACUCGUGGAUAAAGAGAGUAUUCGCACUGACUUGGAAGAGUUGAAAGCAAUAGAAUCGAUGCUUGAAUUAAUGAGUGAAAUUAGUCUGAAUAAAUCGGAAACUGGUCAAAGUGACGUGAGCUCAAAAACCACUGAAGGCAUUGAUAAGCAAGGGGAAAUUGAAAGUUCUGAAGAAUUAGAAAUUUAUCCAAGUGAAUUAAGUUUUGAAAGUUCUCGAGAGACUGAUGAAAAAGAAUCUUCUCAUGAGUCAAAUUGCUCGUAUGACAAACUGGCCGAUGUUGAGCCCAUACCAGGUGAAUCUGAGGUAUUACCAUCAAUAUCCUCAACACCACCAAUGAACUCAAUGAACUCAGACCUCAAGAGAGUGGGGUCGGUUUCAUUUGACGACAAUUCAACAGGAGCCCAACCAGGAAUUGAAGAUGCAAAGGUGACAAAAGUCACGUCUGGUACUCACAGCUUCGAGGUUAAUCAAGAUAUCUAUAGCACUGAUGUCGGCAUGGUCGGUAGUACUUCAAGUGGAUCAGAUUUAAUGUCACAGGUUUCAGACAAUGCUUGGGAUGGUGGUAUAGUAGAUGUACCUUCUAAAUAUGCAUUGCCUAGCACUUACAGUCUUACUUAUUGUAAAAAUGAAAAUGACAUAUUAUAUAGUGCAGAUAUGGUAGAGAGUGAGAACAGUAUCGAAAAUAUUGACGAAGAAAGGCGUGAUAGUGAACUUGACCUCUUGAAUCAAUACAAACAAACGAACUCGAUGCUCGCCUCAAAGAAAACUGAAGCUUGGGAUGAUGAUAUAAUGGAUGUACCUUCCAAAUAUUCAUUGCCUAGGACUUACAGCCUUAUGUAUUAUAAAAAUGAAGAUCAAAUACCUGGCGAAGACGUUGGAGAGAGCAGCUCAAGUAGUGAAAGCGUUCAAAGCAUUCACGAAGACACACUGAAGAAUGAAGUUAGAGCGAUUGUUAGGAGUGGCACUGAACUUGACAUCUUGGAUCAAGACAAACAAACGAAUUCGAUGCUCGCCUCAAAGAAAACUGAAGCUUGGGAUGAUGAUAUAAUGGAUGUACCUUCCAAAUAUUCAUUGCCUAGGACUUACAGCCUUAUUUAUUGUCAAAAUGAAGAUCAAAUACAUGGUGAAGACUUGGGAGAGAGCAGCUUAAGUAGUGAAAGCGUUCAAAGCAUUCACGAAGACGCACUGAAGAAUGAAGUUAGAGCAAUUGUUACAGCAUCAAAUGAAGCAGAUCAUAAAAGUGGAAACUGCAAUUACAAUCAAGAAAAAGGAGUUGUCAAGAAUGUCUGCAAGGAUUCAGAUACUUCGAUGCUCGCCUCCAAUAAAACUGGAUCUACUCCACUAAAGUGGUCCUCAAGGUUACGUACUGGUGGGGUGGAAAAAGGAGAAGAAGCAAGAUAUGAAGAACCUGAAGAGGGAGUUGAAGUUGAUAUGAAUAGUCCUAUUGAAGUCUGUGAUGGUUUGUCUAAUGACAGUCCUGAUAAUCAUAUGUGGGUGGAGCAAUUUGACCAGAAGAUUGAAUGUAGUCCUGUUAAAUUAUUGGUCGCUUCUGGUACUGGUAGUCCGACUGAGUUUUUGUCUUCAUCUGCGGUCACCCUGAUAGGAAAAUCAAUACAAGAUAUGAGGAAUGAACCAGAAAGCCAACUAUCUGAAAGGCCUGUUAGAAAUAGAUCUAUCUGCGUUGGAACUGAAUCACAGGACACUGCUGACCAUUGCAAUCAGGCUGAGACUGAUCAUCGGAACAUAAGUACUCAAGUCUCCAAUUCUAGAUUAGUUGAUAGUUCCUGUCAGUGGACAACUGAAGCUAAAGAGCCUAUUGAACGGACGUACUCUACCGCUGGCCGGGACAUAAACCCGUAUCUUGACAUGAUGGGUUUAAGAAAACACAUGGCUGAUAACGCUGAAAAUGAGCCUGUCAUCCGGGAAAUUGAUAACAAUCCUCCAAUCAUCAAAAAGAGUUAUAUGAAUGUCCGCAAUAAUAUUUCUGGAGUUUUCCGUAAAAAUGCAAACUCGAAUGGUAUUGCGGGAAAGGAGCAUAUACAGUUUGAAGCAGGGGAACUGGUUUCGGCUCCUAGUUGCAGUGGCACCGUGUCAUCCUGCCAGAUUAUCAUUACGUCAGCAGAUUCUGAGAAAACCUUAGACGACACUUGCAUAGCUCAGAAGUCGAAAGAAGACGAGAAUGGAAUCAGUGAAAAAAGAGGAGUGAGUGACAUAAAUUGUAGUAGCGAUUAUAAGUUUCCAGAACCCCCCUCCAGCAUAAAUUUAGUAGAAACUGAUGAUGCCUAUAGAAGUGAUUAUAUGAGUUCAGAGCAGCAGAGAGACAGUGAUGAAUUUUCGGGAUGUUCCCCCGAAUCAGAUCCAAGUUCGAAUAGGAUCGUCAAUUGGAGAAGUUACGCUUCUGACACUGAUGAGGUUAAAAUGGGUAUUGAAAUGAGUAUGAGUGCUAUUAGUUUUGGUAGUUCUCAAAGUGGCAAACACGUAUCAGGAUCUACUGCUCCUGAUUCGAAGAGAACAAAUAAACUACGAUACCAUCCAUUUGAAAACGAGAAGACAAUGGAAGACGUAGAACUAAACAUUAGUAACUUCAGUUUUGAAAGCAUAUCUGCAGACCCAAGCUGUGUGUCUGUUAACAGGGAAGUAGGUGAUCAGGACGAAAAAGCAGUGAGAUUUGAAAAUGUUCAAAAUCUAGAUUCUGAAAUUUAUGAAACAGAAAGAAUUGAAAAACAAACAGUCUGCGAUAUAAUUUCAACGUUAGAGGUUGGUGUUAUUGACAAGCCUCUGAUCCAGGAAGUUGAUUACAAUCCUCCGAUUAUCAGUGUGAGUUAUAAAGACGUCCUAAAUAAAAUUAGAAAUGCCUCAGAAAUUUCUGACCUUUGCAAUCAAGCUGAGCCUGAUCAUUGUCAUAUAAGCACUCAAGUCUCCAAUUCUAGAAUGGUUGAUAGUUCCUGUCAGUGGACAACUGAUACUGAAGAGCCUAUUGAACGGACAUAUUCUACCGCCGGCCGGGACAAUAAUCCGAACCCUGAUAUAAUGGGUGGGGGAAAACACAUGGCUGAAAACGCUGAAAACGAGUCUGUGAUCCGGGAAAUUGAUAACAAUCCUCCAAUCAUCAAAAGGAGUUACAAAUACGUCCGCAACAAGAUUUCUGGAGUUUUCCGUAUAGAAGCAGACUCCGGACAGGAGCAUGUACAGUGUGAAGUGGGAGAACUGGUAUUGGCUCCGAGCAGAAGUGGCCAGAUUAACAUUACGUCAGCAGAUUCUGAGCAACAAGAAGAAGACACUUGCGUCACACAGACAUCAAAAGAAAUCGAGAAUGGAACCAGCGAAGAAAGAGGAAUGUGUGAACGCCCCUCCAGUUGGAAUUUAGUCGAAACUGAUACGAGUUCAGUGCGGCGGAGAGACAGUGAUGAUAGGAAUAAUUGUUUCAGUGGAAUAGACUCAGUAACUGAAAACUUUGAUUUGGAAGAACACGAAAAAGGAACAUUUUCAGGAUGUUCUCCCGAAUCAGAUCCAAGUUCGAAUAGGAACUUUGGUUGGAGAAGUUGUGCUUCUGAAACUGAUGAGCUUAGGAUGGGCAUUGAAAUGAGUAUGAGUGCUAUUAGUUUUGGUAGUUCUCAAAGUGGCAAACACGUAUCAGGAUCUACUGCUCCUGAUUCGAAGAGAACAAAUAAACUACGAUACCAUCCAUUUAAAAAUGAGAAGACAAUGAAAGAUGUAGAACUAGACAUUAGUAACUUCAGUUUUGAAAGCAUAUCUGUAGACCCAAGCUGUGUGUCUGUUAAAAAAGAAGUAGUUGAUCAGGACGAAGAAACAUCUGCAAUAACUCAAACUCCAAAUCUAGAUUCUGAUAUUUAUGAAAACGAACGAAUUUUAAAACAAACAGCCAUCCGGAAAGUUGAUUACAAUCAUCCGAUUAUCAGUGAGAGUUAUAAAGACGUCCUAAAUAAAAUCAGAGGUGCCUCAGAAAUUUCUGACCAUCGCAAUCAAGCUGAGCCUGAUCAUAAUUGUCAUAAUAUGAGUACUCAAGUUUGCGAUUCUAGAAUGGUUGACAGUUCCUGUCAGUGGACAACUGAUACUGAAGAGCCUAUUGAACGGACAUACUCUACCGCCGGCCGGGACAAUAAUCUGUACCUUGAUAUCGUGGGUCUGAAAAAACGCAUGGCUAAUAACUCUGACUACGAUCGGGAAAUGAAUAACAAUCCUCCAAUCAUCAAAAAGAGUUACAAAGACAUCCGCAAUAAUAAUUCUGGGGUUUUUCGUAAAAUAACAGACUCAACUGGUAUUACGGGACAAGAGAUGUUGGAGGAAAAGAUUGAUAAGAUUCGUAGUAAAGUUAGCAUCAAUGAAAGGUGUCAGAGUAACAGUAAAAUUCACUGA